GGGAAAAAAAGAGGGGGGGCGAGUCUGAAAACAUCUGCGCGUCGCCAGUUGACUUUUUUGGGACCCCAAAACAAAGGAGGAGAUUUGGUGUGAAAGUGAAGGCCGAAGACAACCUUUCGCUUCCUCUUCUUUGAGUCUCUUGCUGUUUUUUGUCGCGUGAGCCGGGAGCGGCCCACACGUUGGCCGAACGACUUUUUGUGCGCGCCCGCCCGCGCGUGCGUGUGGGCGCGCGAGUGCGCGGGAUGCCCCCGGCGGCGGCGGCGGCGGCCUCGGUCCCGGUCCCGGUCCCGCUCCCGUUCAGGCGGACACACCUCUGACAGUUCGCCCCGAAAGCGCGACCGGCACCACAGAGCAGAAGGGCCCGUCGUGGAUCCGGACGGGAGGGAACCAUGACACGUACGACCUCCGAACUGCUGCUGGCCGGCUUCAUCUUCCGGUUGCUGCUGCCGCUCGGCCUCACCGCAGGCGCUUUGCUGCGUUUCAACGGCUUCUCGCUGGUUUACGUGCUCCUGCUGCUCCUGCUGCCCCUGCUGCCCCAACCCGGCGCCACCUCCCUCAACGCAGGCAGCAGCAAUCGCUGCGUGACGGCAGUUUGCGUGUCCAGUUUCCUCUUCCUGCUGCUGCAGACUUUCUUCCAGAUCACCACCGCCACCCUCGCACCCGAGUACAACUGCACCUCCUGGCAGAAGGCGCUGAGUCAGCUGGGCUUAGUCAGUCUGACGGGAAGCGACGCGGCGUCCGCCGUGCGACACGUCCUUCCAGACGUCGGCGUGCUCGCGGUCGGCCUGCUGACGUGGAGACUGAGCCUGAGGUUGAGCCCUGAAGCACGCUCGCAGGUCUUGCGCGAAGAAGGCGAGGGAACCGCCGGCCACAGAAUGGCAAUCGAACUGGAACAAGUGCUCAGCAAGACCAGGAGGACGCUGGCAAACGUGAUGACCGGCGGAGGGAAAGUUCUGCUCACGGUUUUGCUCGGGCUCACAGGUGUGGUGCUGCCGUCGCUCUCCUCCCUGCCCUACCUGCUUUCUUUUCAGCUCGUGUGCACUUGGUGGGCUUGGAGCGGUUCGCUCCCGCCGCUGCUCUUCAGGGCCCUCUCGCCGAUGUCGCUCGCGUACUCUGGCGCCCACUUCCUGCUCGUCUACAGCUACCAGCUGCCGUCGCUGCAGGAGGCGUGGCCUCCCAGCCAUCCCUCUGCCAGCUUGUUCGGCCUGGUGCCCCUGGUGUCGGCGGACUGCGCCGCUCCCUGGAGGAUGCGCGUCAACCCGCGGCUCGGCUGGUUCCACUUCGUCAGCCCUCUGACGCUCGUGACGCUCUACCACGUCGUGGCCGGCUUGCGGAGGAAUCAGCUGCUGGAAGGCGGAGGGCCGCAGUGGACAGACCAAAGGGACUCUUUGGACUCCGGCAGCUGCGACAUCAGCAGCGACGUGAUGGCCACCGCCGACGAGGUCCUCAGCGACGAGGUCAUCGGCGACGAGGUCAUCGGCGACGAGGUCAUCGAUGUCGACGUCAAAAGUGCCGUCACAGCAGAGAGGCGAAGAGAGCUGUGGAGAACCGCCCAUGGCACGCGCAGCGACAGAGAUCCUUGGGAUUCUUCUGCCCCGGAUAGCCGCUCGGAGUCUCCGGCCCCGCCCGCGCACGGCACGGCCCCGGAGCCGGACGCGCCUCACUACUCCUUCAGCCGAUCAGACACGUUGGAGACGUGCGCGUUUGAAGGCGACGCGGCGGGAUGGGGCGGCGAGGACGCAGCGGCGCGAGGAGGAUCCGGCGCGGCGUCCGCGGCCUUCGGCUUCCUGCUGAAGCAGAGCUACAUCGGCGCGCUGGUGGCCAUGAUGGCCUGGUCCAUCACGUACGUGUCGUGGCUGACGUGCGCGCUGCUGCUGUGGUCGUGCACGCUGUGGAUGAUGCGCGAGCGCCGGCGCUACACGCUGGCGUCCUCGCCCUGGUUGGUGGCCUACGGCAAUCUGCUGCUGGUCCUGCAGUACGUCUUCAGCUUCGCCGCCGUCCGCCAGCUUCCCGGGCUCUUUCCCAAAAAGGACGAUCCCUGCCGGGAGCUCGCGUCAAAGCUGGUGUGUCUGCUGACCUUCUGGCUGCUGCUGCGUCAGGCUCGUACGGAGAAGACCGAGCGACAGGAAGACGGACGGGCGAACUCUCGGCCGUCCGCCGUCUGCGUCCGCGUCGAAGACGAGGAGAAGAUGGAAGCGAUUUCCUAUGAGAAAGCUCUCCUGCUGGAAGGAGGAGUUCAGAUGGAUGCGCUGCUGGCGGCGGUGACCGGGAUGUUCGUCAAAUAUUGGAUCUACGUGUGCGGCACCAUGUUCUUUUUCGUCAGUUUUGAAGGCCAGAUGGUCCUGUACAAGGUCAUCUACAUGGUGAUGUUCCUGUGCUGCGUGGCCCUCUACCAGUUGAACUAUGAAAAGUGGCGAGCCUGGCUCCGGGGCUUCUGGGUCGCCGUGGUGGUUUACUCCAUGUUGGUCCUCUUUCUGGUCUACACCUUCCAGUUCCCCUCGUCCCUCCACACCUGGACCUACUACACCGGACUCAGCACUCACAGGUUAGAGGAUCUGGGUUUGCAGAAGUUCUCGGUCCCGGUCCUCUUCACGAGGAUCUUCAUCCCCACGGCUUUUCUGCUGGUGUGUAUUGUUCACCUGCACUACUUCCACGAGCCGUUCCUCCGGCUGACCGACCUCAAAACCGUCGUGGACACGCACAACAGCACCAUCACGAGGUUGGUCCACUCCGAGGGCAGCCUUGUGGACGUGUCGGCCGGAGGAGCUUCUCGGCUCUUUGCGGAAGAGGAGGGAGUAGGAGUGGCGUCGGAGAAACAGGAGCAGCCCAAGGAGGAGUGGGGACGGGAAGAAGAAGAAGAAGAAGUGGAGGAGGGAAAGAAUUACGCCGGGAUAUUUGAGGGGGAGAGCCUGUCGGAGCACACGGCAGUUUUGGGCUCGUGGAGGUUGGUGGUGGACCGUCUCUCGGUCUUGUUCCUGCGCCUCCUCCUGUCUCUGCAGCGCCUACAGCGCCUCCUCUGGUGGCUCCUGGAACUUCACAUUUUGAAAAUCGUCUCCUCUUACAUGAUUUGGAUGGCGGUGAAGGAGGUGUGUGUGUUCAACCUGCUGUUUGUGGUGUGCGUGGCUGUGGCUCUGCCCUGCAGGGCCUGGCGCCCCCCGGUGGCUGGAGUGUGCACCGUUUGGACAUGCACGGUGGCCAUUUGUAAGAUGUUGUACCAGCUCAACAUCGUCCAGCCCGACACGUGCAACUGCACCGUGCCAGGUAACGCCUCCACCGACGUGUCUACCUCAGUCUUGUAUGCUGCUCCGAUUGACCCCGCCCAGUGGGUGGGGCUUCGCAAAUAUGAGGGAAAACUGCUGGACUAUUUGAGGCACAACCUGAUGACGCUCGCGCUUUUAGCCUUCGAGGUGACCGUUUACAGACACCAGGAACUCUACCGUCUGCGAUGCAACAAAGUCCCGCCUCGGAGCGGAACUUUGUUCCGUGACAUCAGCAGGCAUCACCUGGAUCAAAGCGUGCUGAGCUGCGCCAAGUACUUUCUCAAUUAUGUCUUUUACAAGUUUGGCCUGGAGAUCUGUUUCCUUUUGGCGGUCAACGUGAUCGGUCAGCGGAUGGAUCUCUUCGCCGUCGGCCACGCCUUGGGCCUCAUCUGCAUCCUGUCCAGGCGCAGCAGGAAGCGAAUCGGUUCGGUGUGGCCAAAGUACUGCUACUUCCUGUCGGCGCUCUUGUGCCUCCAGUAUCUCUUGUGUAUUGGAUUCCCGCCUGCCGCCUGCAAAGAUUAUCCCUGGCGGCCGCCGACUUCCAACAUGGACUCCAAUGUGGUGAAAUGGCUUUUCCUGCCAGAUUACCUGACUCCUCCGAAUCCAUUCUUCCUUCUCUACGACUUUCUGCUUCUGCUGGGCGCUUCGCUGCAGCUUCAGGUGUUUGAAGACGAGCGUGACGCUGCCGUCCGGGCGCUCGCGGGGGACAACGGCGAGGUGGAUGUAGAAGACAGACACGUGUGGGAUCCGGUCACCAGGCUCCAUCUCAGCGCCGUCCCCGACUUCAUGCUGUGCAGGUCUUACCUGGAUAUGAUGAAGGUCAUCAUUUUUAGCUACAUGUUCUGGUUUGUCCUUACCAUCACCUUCAUCACUGGAACCACCCGGAUCAGCAUCUUCUGCAUGGGCUACCUGGUGGCGUGUUUCUAUUUCCUGUUGGUGGGCGGAGACCUGCUGCUGAAACCCGUCGGCUCCAUCCUGCUCUAUUGGGACUGUCUGAUCGGCUACAACGUCUUCGUCAUCGCCAUGAAAAACAUCCUGUCCAUCUUGGCGUGCGGUUUCAUCAAGUCGUUGGUCGUCGACCACUGCUGGCUGGUUCAGCUCUUCAGCCUGGCCUGCACCAUUCGAGGAUACGCCAAGCCCGCGCGGCAGAGCAGUCAACAAUGCGAACUGCCCAGCGACGAGGCGGGAAUCAUCUGGGACGGCGUGUGCUUCUGCUUCCUGUUACUGCAACGGAGGGUCUUCAGGAGUCACUACUUCCUCUACGUAGUGCUGGACCUGCAAAACACGCAACUGCUGGCCUCCAGGGGGGCGGAACUUUUUGAGGCGUCCACCGUGAAAGCUGUGCGAGCCCGACUGGAGGUGGAGAAGAUGUCCGUGGACCUGCUGAAGAGACAGAUGGAGAGGAUCAAAUGUCGCCAGCAGAAGUUCCGCCGAGGAAAAGAGAAAAUGCUCAGUUUGACCCAAAAGAGCCCCCGCGCUGACGGUGUGUAAGGCGAGGCGCCGGUGUCGCCGCGAUGACGUGCGAACGGACGGACGGACCCCCUUCGCUUGAUUGCGUCGCUCUUCUCUUCAGCUCAGGAAAAGACAAAGGGCAGAAGAGCGCACGGCGAUUGGUGGAGGCCGUGGGUCAACCACGCCUCCAUGGUGCGGAGCGGAGACUACUUCCUGUUCGAGAGCGACAGCCAGGAAGAUGAAGACGACCAAAAGGAUGACGAGAAGGAGGAGCGGGAGGGUCCCGACAAAUCUGCCUUUCAGUUUGUGUACCACGCCUGGAUAACGGACUCCAGAACCGCCCUGCGAGCUCGUCACAGCCAGAAAAAGGUGAAGAAGCAGAGGCCUGAGCCCAAGACGGCGUCUUGGGAGCAAAGCGGAGGAGAGGACCCGUCAGCGCGCGGCGUGACGGAGGUGACGGAGGACUCGGAGGAGGAUGCGCAGAAGGACGACAAGGAGGAGGGACCAGAUACGGUCCUCCGUCGGGCCUCCAACAUCCUCCGCUUCUGCUGGGUUCUGUUGUCGGCCCUGCUGGACUCGCUGACCGCUUGGCUGUGCGGUUUGUGUCGCGAACACGCCGACAUCUCCGCCGUGCUGCGCAUCGAGCGCUGCAUGCUGACCCAGCAGGCCAAGCGGGGUCAAGUGCCGUCCCGAGAGGCCAUCCACUUAUACUACCGGGAACAAAUGACGCGCAGUUCCGCAGAAUGGGGAACGGACUCGAGUGGUCCUGAGCGAGAGGUCCGCAUCGGCGAUACGGACGAAGACGAGAGCCCGGGAGGGGGGGGCGGAUACGCCUUCGCCCCCAGAGAUGAAAGGGAAGCCGAUGCCUCCGCGGGCCUUGCGGAAACGGACCGGCCGGGGUGCUUUACGGCUCCGUCCGGCCAACGGCGCCGAGCCAAACUGACCAGGACGAAGAAGGCGGCGUCGUCUUCGUCGUCAUCCUCCGAUGAGGCUGACCGCAGUGCCGGAGAAUCGAACGAACAAGCUCCCAGCCGCGGGUCUUCCGGGGCCGCCUCCCCCUCCUCUCAGGCUUCCCGCGGUCACGCCCCGGGUCCGGACAUCCGCGAGCAGGGAAGGGAGCGAGACGGCUCCAAAGAGAGAAGGCACGAGGCGGAGGCGGGACUAAGACGGCAGGGGACCGACUUCCCGUCCGGAGGCGCCGCCGCCGCUUCCUGUCGGUCGGCGUCUCGGCCUCAGGAGCUGACGGCGAGUGAGCUUCUGAAGAACAGGACCUUCCACAAUGCGGAACUGGAGGCGUCGGACCAUUUCUACCGCGAGCAACCCCAGCUCCUCCAGCUAUGCUACGCCUUUUACAACAUCCUGGCUUCCAGGUCAGAGACGGUGUGCUACCUGGUCAUUGUCUUGAACCACAUGGCGUCGGCCAGCUGUCUCACCUUGGUACUUCCCGUCCUGGUGUUUCUGUGGGCAACGCUGUCCGUACCCCGACCCAGCAAGACCUUCUGGAUGACGGCCAUCAUCUACACCGAGGUCACCAUCGUGCUCAAGUAUUUCUUCCAGUUUGGGUUCUUUCCCUUCAACCAGAAGCUCGAGGUGGACCGCUCAAAGCCCUUCCACCCGCCCAACAUCCUCGGGGUGGAGAAGAAGGAAGGCUACGUUCUGUACGACCUGCUGCAACUGCUCGCUCUGUUUUACCACAGAGCUAUUCUGAAGUGCCACGGACUUUGGGACCAGACCGUCUCCGCCGAGCCUCAACAUCACCGUGACGAGCAGGCAGAAUUUAGUCCGGGUUCCGCCCCCACCGACGGGGUGUCCUGGCGUGGCGAGAGCCAGGCCCGGCUCAGCGCGCCUGCGGGUGAGAUGGAGCGCACCCUCACAAAAGCGAACAUGAAGACAAAGCGGACAAAACAAGGCAGUCUGCGUUCCGUCAAACAGCUCAGCAAGUUGGACCUACUCACGGAGAAACUAAGAGAACUUUCCAUCCGGACCAAGCAGUACUGUGUUUCCAAGUGCAAGUCUCUUUCCAGUCCAGCGCGUCGGUUCCUCCGAGCUCUGGUCCGACCGGAGUACAGCGCCGUGACAGACGUUUACGUUCUCAUGUUCCUGGCGGACACCGUCGACUUCAUCAUCAUCGUCUUCGGCUUCUGGGCCUUUGGGAAACACUCGGCGGCCGCCGACAUCACUUCCUCCCUUUCGGAGGACCAAGUUCCCGAAGCGUUCUUGGUCAUGGUUCUGAUCCAGUUCGGCACCAUGGUGAUCGACCGAGCUCUGUAUUUAAGGAAGACCGUAUUGGGAAAGUUGGUCUUUCAGGUGAUUUUGGUGUUGGGGAUCCACUUCUGGAUGUUCUUCAUCCUGCCGACUGUCACCGAGAGACGCUUCAAUCGCAACCUGGUGGCUCAGCUGUGGUAUUUCGUCAAAUGCGUUUACUUCGGCUUGUCGGCCUACCAAAUCCGCUCCGGAUACCCCACGCGUGUCCUGGGCAACUUCCUGACCAAGAGCUACAACUACCUCAACCUGUUCCUGUUCCAGGGUUUCCGUCUGGUUCCUUUCCUGACCGAGCUGCGGGCGGUGAUGGACUGGGUGUGGACCGACACCACCUUGUCUCUGUCCUCCUGGAUCUGCGUGGAGGACGUCUACGCCCACUGCUUCGUCCUGAAGUGCUGGAGAGAGUCCGAGAAGCGAUACCCCCAACCUCGGGGUCAGAAGAAGAAACGAGUGGUGAAGUACGGGAUGGGAGGCUUGAUCGUUCUGCUGCUGAUCUGCAUCGUCUGGUUUCCUCUGCUCUUCAUGUCGCUGAUCAAGUCCGUGGCCGGCGUUGUCAACCGGCCGCUGGACGUCUCUCUGACCGUCACUCUCGGAGGCUUCCAGCCCAUUUUCACAAUGAGCGCGCAGCAGAAUCAGCUGAAAGACCUGAUGGAGGAGGACUUCCGAGCCUUGGUUCGCUCCUACAGCUACACCCCAAGCGCGUUGCAGUUUCUGGAGGCGUACGGCCACGAGGACGUGACCGUGGCCGAGCUGCAGGGGAGCAGCAACUCUCUGUGGACCAUCAGUCCACCCAGCAGGCGAUACCUGAGCCAGGUGCUCCACCUGGACCACUUUCCCCUGACCUUGUCCUGGACAGUUCAGAGGAACUUAAGUCUUGGCGCGAAGGCAGAGCUGGCGUCGGGUAAACACGUGUCCUAUCUGAACGAUCAGACUCGUUUGGAACUGAUCCAGCUGCUGAAUGGCACCAGAACACUUCCUGUCGUGAUUGACGGGGUGCUGCCAUCUUUCUUACGGGCUCCCAGCGACUCCAACGCCAAACCCGUGGAGCAGCUCUACGCAGACGGCCGCUACAAGGGCAUUUUGCUGUCCCUGGAGCGAACGGCCAACGACAGCCAAGAGAUCCAGGAGUGGUGGAUCGUGGACCAACCCUCUUCCGGCCUGGUCCGUUUGGGAGGGAGCGCUCCGACAGACGCCAGGAGAGAGGCGGGGCUUCAGAUCUUUGUGUUCAGCGACAAAGUCAGCCCGCCCAGUCUGGGCUUCCUGGCCGGAUACGGCAUUAUGGGACUGUACGCCUCCGUGGUGUUGGUCAUCGGGAAAUUCGUGCGGGAAUUUUUCAGCGGAAUCAGUCACUCCAUCAUGUUUGAGGAGCUUCCCUGCGUCGACCGCAUCCUGAAGCUGUGCACCGACAUCUUCCUGGUGCGAGAGACGGGAGAGCUGGAGCUGGAGGAGGAGCUUUACGCCAAACUCAUCUUCUUAUACCGAUCGCCGGAGACGUUAAUCAAGUGGACCAGACGCUGACGGAGCGCCGCGACGUCAUCCCCGCCCGGAGGUUAGCGUUCGACCGUGUCCGACCUCGGGCGAGACGGCGAAGCCCUUUCUCGUGACUUGCGCGCGCGCUACUCGGUCCCGCCUCUGUCAAGUAUCAUCUCAAGUGUGAAAUGUUAAUA